GUUUGGCCCCCCGACGGCCGCCGUAGUGCGUCGCCUUUGUUGCCGUGGGAAACGGCCCGAGACCUGUGAGGGAGGAAAGACGUUUCCCGCCGGCGGGAGCUGCGGUUGUGGCGGCUGGAGCAGCUCAAAGGCGGCGGAGCCCAACGCCGAAGCACCAUGGCUGACCAGCUUUAUUUGGAAAACAUAGACGAGUUCGUCACGGACCAGAACAAGAUCGUGAGGAGCCAGGACUGGGGACUGGCUGUGACGUACAAAUGGCUGAGCUUUACACUAGGGGUUCAUGUUAACCAGGCCAAACAGAUGCUGUAUGAUUAUGUUGAAAGGAAGCGAAAGGAAAAUUCAGGAGCCCAACUGCAUGUCACCUAUUUAGUGUCUGGCAGUCUGGUUCAGAAUGGAUAUUCCUGCCACAAGGUUGCAGUAGUGAGAGAAGAUAAAUUGGAAGCAGUGAAGUCCAAGCUAGCUGUGACUGCCAGCAUCCAUGUGUACAGCAUCCAGAAAGCCAUGUUAAAGGACAGUGGGCCUCUGUUCAAUACCGACUAUGACAUCCUUAAAAGCAACUUGCAGAACUGCAGCAAGUUUAGUGCCAUACGGUGUGCAGCUGCAGUCCCUAGAGCUCCUGUGGAAUCCUCAUCUUCUGAAAAGUUUGAGCAGUCAAAUCUUCAGGCAUCAAAUGAGACACAAGCCCAUGAAUUGAAGACCAAUGGUCAUGGCCCACCUACCUCCAAACAGAUUUCUGAGCAGCCCAAAGGAAUUAUGGGAAUGUUUGCCUCUAAAGCUGCUUCUAAAACCCAAGAUACCAACAAGGAAACCAAAACAGAGGCUAAAGAAGUAACAAAUGCAUCUUCAGCAGGCAGUAAGGCACCAGCGAAAGGGAAUGUGAUGAGCAAUUUUUUUGGAAAAGCUGCUCUAAAUAAACUUAAAGUUAAUUUGGAUUCAGAACAAGUAGUGAAAGAAGAAAAAAUAGUGGAGCAACCUCCAGUGUCUGUCAUUGAACCAAAGCUGGCAGCCCCUGCAGGCCUGAAGAAAUCCAGCAAAAAAGCAGAGCCUGUUAAGAUGCAGCAGAAGGAAAAAAAAAGGGGGAAGCGAGUGGAGUUAUCUGAUGAUGAAACAAAAGAAACUGAAAACUUGAGAAAAAAGAGAAGAAGAAUCAAACUUCCUGAGUCUGAUAGCAGCAAAGAUGAAGACUCUCCUGGGGUUUAUGAAGCUGAGUCUCCAUCUCCACCUCCUCCUCCUUCUCCAUCUCCUGAACCAGUGCCCAAGACGGAGCCAGAACCGCCUCCUGUCAAGAGCUCAAGUGGAGAAAAAAGAAAACGAAAGCGUGUGCUGAAAUCUAAAACCUUUGUGGAUGAGGAAGGCUGCAUAGUGACUGAAAAAGUCUUUGAGAGUGAAUCCUGCACAGACAGUGAAGAGGAGCUUAAGACAAAGACUUCCUCUGUACACAGACCCCCUGCCAUGACUGUGAAAAAAGAACCCAAAGAGGACCGUAAGGGCCCCAAAAAAGGGACUGCUGCUCUGGGCAAAAUCAACAGACAAGUGUCCAUUACCGGCUUCUUCCAGAGGAAGUGAGCUGCCUUCUCUGUUAGGUCAGAGGUGUGGAGUGGUCAAGGGAGAAGACCAAGACAUACAGACUCUCGCUUACUGUGUAAGUUCAUCCUGCACCUCACCUCCCCUGUAUCAAAAGACUGUUCCUCCUGUGAGAUUUAUAUUGUUUCCAAUUUUUAACCGAAAGAAAAUCACCUGAAAACAAGUGGCAGAAGGAUAUUUAAAAUGCUGUUACAUUCUGAUGACAUUUUAAAGCACAUCUUUGACCUGUCCAAAAGAAUUCACUCCCAAAAUAAAUUGGAACAGGUUUCAGAAUGAUCACUGAAGCCAUUUAGUUGCUAAUCCACUGUGCCCUACCCACCCUAUGUCCUGAUCCACUGAUGGCUUGGACGUGUUCCUCCUUGUUCCUUUCCAUUUGUGGACUUGUGUAUCUCUGAAGUUUACUGGGUGUGUUUACCACUACCCCCUGCCUCUUUCCCUUCUCUUUCAGCCUCCAUCCCUUCCUCAAUACCACACUUCUGUGUGAAGCUGUUUUCUGUAAGUCUUUUAAAUCUUGGUUGGAUGAAAGACUAAAACAAAAAUCUCCCUGUGAUCCUCUUUUCUUCCAUUAUACAGUGCACCGAUACCUGGCUACAGACCAGUGCGUUACUGUGUUCUAUCCCUUUCACAAAAGCUCUCUAACCUUCCUUCAUAGUUAGUGGUUAGGGAAAAGUCUCAGGCAGAGCACAAUAGAAAUGUAAUGAUGUGUUCAACUCCAACAGAAAUUACUUAGCAUUGAUGAUAUUAGAGGAGUCGUCAAGUUGCUGACACAGGGCACACUUUUCAUUGCUCUUUGCGAUUUUUGUCUGCCCCCCUCUCUCUGACUCUCAAUACUCGGAGAGUGAAAUCCAUAGGAUGACGUGAAGGAUAAAAAAGAAUCCCUUUGUACAUAUACUAUACAACAUUUAAGUAAAAUUUCUCCUUCUCAAGGAACCUGUGUUCAGAAACAGUCAUUUUCCAGGAAGGUAACAAGGCCAGAGGUAAAGCAACUUAAAUACAGAGGUUGUUCUUCUGUAUUUUUAACACUCUCAUUUACCUAAAAGUACAGGCUGCCCAAGAAGAAAUGGAGAGACUGAGUUGUUCAUAGGUUUAAAUGGCAAGUAAAAACAUUUUCAUUUGUUACUUAGGGAAAAUCAUCUAUUCCAAUGAUAACUUUUAUGUGACCUCCCUUACUGCUGGAGAGUGAAGCUCAGUGGAUCGAAGUGGUAUGGCAGUGACCUUGCGUAGUGAGCUCUGGGGAAAGAACACGGCCUGGACUGCUGGUGUGAGUCAUGUCUAAUAGAUGAGGGAUGUCUGACUUCGUCCUUGGGCUUUAGCCUGGUAUAUGUCGUGAUGCGGUCAGCUGUCUACUGUGUAAGGUUAGGAUUGUGACUGACCUUGGAUUAAUAUGAGCAUCUUCAGCAGCCGUCUCCCCAGACUCCAGCCAGCACCCCAUGGACUUGAUUAAGAAUAGAAGUUUGGGAGAUGAGUACUGGCAUUAUGUCUAAGACUUGAGAAGGCAGAGUCUUUGUACAGCAAGCAAAAUAAAGGUUGACUUUAUUUUUAAACCUCUUUCUUCUUAAAAUGUGAAAAUAUGGAAAGUUUGGCCUUCCCUUUACUAAGAACUUCUGGAGAGGAAUCCCUUUUCAAUGGUUAUUUUUGUCAUUUCCUUCAGUCAUUUUUCUAAAUAGGAAUGGGAAAUUAAAGAGAAAAACAAUCCAGUCUUUUUUUUUUAAUUAUUAUGCUAGGACCUCGAAUAAAACUGAAUUUUGAACUGGAAAACUCUGGUGCUGGUUGGAGUUCCAUCUUUGAAAGGCUAGUGCAAAUCCUAUGAUCCCUGUGCUCAAUAUGCUGCCUGACUGAGCUGUCUGCAAGGCUUGAGGACGUAGGGAGUAGCGGCUUUUUUUUUUUUAAUAUAAACUUCUACCAUGUUAUCUACAUGAACUAAAUAAAUUUGAGUUGUUUUAAAACAGUGCUUCACA